AUGGUGGGUAAUCUGGCCUUCGAGUACAUUGACGCUCACAAACGCAUCCUGCCAGAAAACGUCCAGAAGGCUAACUGUGCCGUUUACUCCUCCAUCCAUUUUCGGUUACCUCUUAGCCUCGCUGAGCUGGAAGGUUACUCGGUUAGGGACUAUCUGAACAAAUACUGUAAGGUGGGCAAAGAAAGAAUCUAUAUCUACCAGAAGAUGUUUUCCGAGUAUGGGGUGAAAGCCAGGCAGGACGUCGCAGCAAUGAUGCGAAAGAGUGCAAGCGAUCUCCUGUUUGAUUUCAUCAGUACGAGCGAUCUCAACGACUAUAUUGAACUGCUGGAUCUGAAAGAGGACUAUGUCAUUACUGAUGCGGACUACCAGAAAUUCUUAGCGCUCUGUGACCGACUUUAUGCCAUCAAAGUAGAGGAAAUUGGCGAGGAUCGGUGGAACUAUCAGGCAGACACACUUGAAAGAAUUGACUUUCGAAAUAUCACUCAACGCCUCGAAGGACUCAAUCUGCAACGCGGACUAGUUACCCUUCUCACACGGAUUUCCGAGGUCGCUGUAGAAGAUCUUGGUGUUGCUCGGCAGUGGGCGGCAGUGGGCAGCCUGGCAGGAUUGGAACGUAUGAAGUAA